AUGGCAAUUUUGUGUGUAAGGACUGACCAUGCUGACCAUGCAAGCAUCUGGCUCAACUCCGGGUCUCCGCUUGUGGAUGACCGCCGGCUGGCUCAGCUCGUGCAUGUGGUCAUGAAGAUUUACCUAAGACCGCCUGAAUCCAAAUCGCGGAAGGACGAUGUGGAAAUUGAUCUGAACCCAGAUGAGUUGAUUGAAAGUGUCCGAAAAAAGAUUCAGGAGAAGAAAGGCUUGGACUGCUACAAGCUGAAGUACCAGGGGAAGAGUCUCAAAGAUGACGAGACACUUCGGCAGCACAAGGUGGAAGAAGGCGAGACGAUCUACACAGAGCCCGAGUUCCAUGGCCAGUACUUGCCCAUGGGAGUGCAGCCGUCUAUGGAGAAAAGGAAAGCCGAGGAGGAGUUGGACAAGGUUGCAGAGCUGGCACCAGAGGUCAAGAAGGCGGCGACUGUCGCAGCGGCCGAGAACAUCACUGAAGCCGAGGUCGCAUGGUGUGGCAUUCGUGCCGGUGCAUAUGGUGAGAAAGGCAUGCGCCGGCAGAUGGAGGACGAAACCGUGAUAUGCGCGUCGCUGUCUGAUCUGGUCCCGCAACUUCCCCAAGAGCGCAAUUUCGCGCUUUUCGGGCUGUUCGAUGGGCACGGUGGCAAGCAGGUGGCGGAAUUUGUCCGAACUUAUCUAGCUCCAGAGCUGGCCAGUGCUUAUGCCAAUGAUGAGCCCAAGCAGGGUCCGAUCGCGGACAAAAGGCUCAUGAAGGUAACGGAGGCUGUGUUCCAGCGAAUGGAUGCGCGGAUUGCAACAGAGCUUGCAGGUGCUUAUGACGGCUGCACGGCAAACGUUGUGUUGGCAAAUGCGGAAAAGAUGAUUUCCAUCAACCUUGGCGAUAGCAUGGCCUAUCUGUGUCGUCGCAAGGACGUCGAUGACCAGGAGGACACUCUUUGCAUUCCGCUGCAGCAGCGGCAGCACAAGUGCUGGAUGAUGAAGGAGAAAGAGCGCAUCUUGAGGUCCGGCGGAGCUGUGGAGAACGGCCGCAUCAACGGCAUCCUCGAGGUUUCUCGUGCCUUCGGCGAUUUGACGCUGAAGAAGUUCGGAGUGCUGUGUACGCCAGAGUACAUGAAGUUCCAGAUGGACAGGGAGAAGGAUCGCUUCGUCAUCCUGGCUUGCGAUGGUUUUUGGAAUGCAUGGACAGCUGCAGAAGCGCUGGAGUACACCCACGGCCUCGUGACCAACGAAGAGGGUCGUGCCGAGCUCGAAGGAGAUGCUAUCGAUAUUCGGGGUGUUUGCAAGGAGUUGGUGCAACAUGUUAUCGAAGAGAGGAAAGCUCAGGACAACGUGAGCGUCGUUGUCUUGCAUAUCAUGCCGCAGGCUGGGCCGCGAUCACUUCUCCCCUUCUGCGAAGCGCGAAGCGACACGGAAAUUUUUGACCUUCCAAGCCGGAUUGGCAAUCCAACUUGUUCGCCCAGCCCUUGGAUCAUGUUGGCCUUGGAAAGCUUUGCAUGGCUUGCUCCAGUCAUCGAAUUUACAGGUGUUCUCGUGAACAUGGCAGCUGCAGCUGUCAGUGCAGAUGCCUCGGGCUGCAUGGUCGUGGUGUUUCUUGACACUUCGCUUUGGUCAAUGCAGCCACUGGCGCAGGCUUGCUGCGAGAAGCUUGGCGCUGGUUUCGGCAGAUGCGCAGGAAGGGACUCGCAGCCCGCCGAGGCAGCGGCCAGCGCGCCGGCCAGCGCGCCGGCCAGCGCGCCGAGCGCCGUCGCCGACGUCUUGGGCCUCUUGGCCUCAAUGCACUGUGGAGGCGAGUCUGCAGAGCGUCCGGGAACAAGUGGCCCAAAGCCCAGCAAAGCCCAGCUCCUCAGGAUGUUCCGAGUUUUCGAUCCGUUUCUGCGCAAAGCUGAGGUCUUGGACUCCGCUGUGAAGCAGGAAGCGCUCAAGAUGCGGCGGAGCAGUGUUGUUGUGGGCUUCCUGGUGUGUGGCCUCUGGGCAUGCUCGCACCUGUGGGCAUGGGUCGCACCGAGCCAGCCGAGUAUGGCCGGAAGCGCCAGCUCCGGCGUUCGGCUCCGGCAACUCAGCCGAGUCUCACGAAUGGCUCGGGGUGGAGAGGAUCUUAGGGCAUAUGCCCAGACACUGCCCGUGCCUCCAGACUACACGGGGCCACCGUACCAAGGGCCUGCAUCAGUGAAUGAUGCGUUCAUUGAUCACCUGCUCUCCCUCUACAAGCAACAGGGCAAGCUGCCCAUGAAGUAUGCAUACAUGAUGGCGCUUGAUGUCAUGGACAUCUUGAAGCAAGAGAAGAGCCUUCAAAGAGUAGGAGUUCCACCAGGCACGAAGAUCACAGUGGUCGGUGACCUGCAUGGUCAAUACUUCGACUUCGUCCACAUGAUUCAGGAGGUUUCGGGCAAGCCCAGCCCUCAAAAUCCAAUCCUUUUCAACGGGGACUUCGUGGACAGAGGGCCAUGGUCGGUAGAGGUGCUGCUCUGCCUCUAUGCCUUUAAGCUCCAACAUCCUACAGCGGUCCAUUUCAACCGUGGGAACCAUGAGUCAGAGAUGACGAACUAUCAGUACGGCUUUGCCGGUGAGGUGCAGGUGAAGUACGAGAAGAAGCUUAUGGAGCUCUUCAGCGAGACUUUCCGUUACCUUCCCUUGGCCCACGUGUUGGAGAACCAGGUCUUCGUGGCGCACGCCGGGCUCCCUGGUCCCGAGGAGCGCUUGUGGGAGGAGUGGAUGCAGAAGGCCCCGGACGAGGCCGCGGGGGUCCUGAAGAGGGAGAAGCAGAUCACGCUCGCGGAGAUCGAGGCCACGAACCGGGUCUGCGAGCCGAAUCCCAUGGAGUUCCCGCUGGUCAUCGACUUCCUUUGGUCGGAUCCCAAGGGUGCCAACGGCUACGGGCCCUCCACUCGCGUGCCCAUGGUUUACACCUUCGGACCGGAUGUGGCCCAAAGGUUCCUUGCUGCUAACAACCUCAAGUACAUGCUUCGCUCGCAUGAAACGAAAUCCGCGGGGUACCAAGAGACGAUCCCGAAUGUUGUCACAGUCUUCAGUGCGCCAAACUACAUUGACCGAGCGGGCAACUUGGCAGCAGUUGCGGUCCUCACCAACCAGGGUGGGAACCUGGAGAAGCAGUUUGUGCAGUUCCAGCAUCAGCCACAUCCCGACAUUGAAAGCGGUGCCUACAUGAAGGGCAAGUCCCUGGCCAUGUUGCAGAACCUUUUCCUGCAGCAGUUGGUGUUGUUGCGGCAGCAAACUGCGGCCAAGUUCCUCAAAGCCUCUCGACCGGCUGAGGCUGUUUCCCAAGCAGAUCAGCAGUUCGUCUCCCAGGCGGAGGAGCUGAAGAGACCGGGGAGUUCUUGGAGCUACAGCGAGGAUCGCUAUGCUUUGAGAGCUGUCCUCGAGGGCAGCUUUAGACGAGAUGCUGCUUUCAGAGAUGAAGAGAUGGAGGCUGUGAAGUCUCAGCAGAAUACUGUUGAGAUCAUCAGCAGGCUGCAGAGUCAGAUGGAGAACUUGCAGAUGCGAUUGCAGCACAUGCGUGCCGGUCAACCGUGGUUCUUGUCGAGCUCGUACAGGAUUCCAGGAACGCCAGUAACCAUGAUCGGUCGCUUUCAGCAGGGUCGUGCGAGCAUCGAGUUGAACCUCUCCCCCGACAGGGACCCCGUGACCGCGGAAGCUGGAUUCGUUCGAGGUGUUGGACCCGCCAACCUGGGUGUGAGUGCCAAUUUUGGCCUUUGUCAACCAGACGAUGGAGCUGGGAGCGGGGGCAAGGGAAACAAGAGGAGGCGGAAAGGCGGUGAUAGCGAGAAGCAAUACGACCUGGUGGGAACCAUCAGGAUGUUCAAUGCAGACAAAGGCUGGGGAUUUAUAGAUGGCGACACUGGGGGCAAAGACAUCUUCUUGCACGCCAAACAUUUUGUGGGCAAGCCGCCAAAUUAUUGGAUAGGCCACAAAAUGCAAACCAAGGAUAAGCAUGUCGCCCCAAAAGUGGCGGAGGGGCCUGUCAGAGUCCUGUUUGAUAUGUCCUUGACAAGCCAGGGGAAGCCCCAAGCCCUGAACGUGCGGAUAACCGGUGGCCACGAGGAGCCGGAGGACGAGGACAGCGAAGACAGGCCGAGGCGGUCGUCGCCGGCUUGUGAGAACUGCGGUUCCACGAUUGCGGCCAGGCUGGGUCUUUCCGUUUGCAUCCUUUGUGGCCAUCCUGUGCCGAGUCGUGGCCGAUAG